AUGGGUGUCGCAAAGACGACAAGAAAGUUUGGCCAGGUGAAGCGCGUCAUCGGCCAGAGAGAUGCUCGCCUGAAGAAGAACAAGGACAAGGCCGAGCUCGGCAACAAGAAGAAGGAGUCUGAGGAGACCCCAGAACUGGUCCGAGAAAUCCCACAACAGUCCGUCUCGCUCUUCCACAUGGCCAACACGGCCAUGGUUCCGCCAUACCAAGUUCUCGUCGACACGAAUUUCCUCUCCCACACCGUCCAGCGCAAGCUGCCUCUAUUGGAAACAAGGAUGGACUGCCUCUACGCCACCUGCCGACCUAUUCUGACCGACUGUUUCAUGGCUGAGCUCGAAAAGCUAGGUCCCAAGUACCGCAUCGCUCUCAAGAUUGCCCGUGACGAGCGCUGGGAACGUGCCACCUGCACACACAAGGGCGGCGUAUUCGCAAGGUUCCUGGUGUACCAAAUUAUGAGCGUGGCUCGCGGCAAAUACGUCAUCGAAGGCCUCCCCGACGCACCAGUGUCGUAG